AUGGUGUACAAUUCGUUGACUGAUGCGCCUCACAACGUCAAGGAGUGCGUCGACUGGUUGAUAGCCCUGAGAGGAGCUCAUCCUGACAACAACCUGAAGGCUAUGGGAGUCGCACUUUACGAUUUCCUCGUGGAUAAGCCUGUCGGGAAGAUGGAGGUGCCAGCGCUGGAGAAUGUUAAAAAAAUUUCCAAGGAGUUCAUGGAGCAAAAGGAGCUUAAAAACAUGUGGCCCGCCAACGAGCUGCUGAAGAGAUUCAGUAAGCCCAUGAUUAAAAACAACUACAAACUCCGCAAUAUAUUUACUACUAUAUACGACAGCGAUUAUAAGAACGUCGUAAAUUCUAAGGAUGCCACCGCUGAAACCGUAAUAACGGGCGUAAUUAACCUUACUUAUGGUUGUGAGCGGUUCCUGAACCAUAUGAAAGUGCCUGAACAGUACAAGUCUGCCUACAGUUCGGAAGCUACGUGGGAGUCUUCGUGCUCGAAAAAGCCGGAAGAUUGUGCAGUGGUACUCGUGGGUAUUGCGCCUAUGUUGUACACGGGCAUGCUAUCUUUGUUUGAUGCGAGCAACCCUCCAAUCGUUAGAUGCAGAGCCAAUACAGUGAGUGAGCGUUUGAAAAGAGUAUUAACAGCCUUGGGUUACGUCGAACCAGAAUCCCGCAAUAGCCUGCAUAGAGCAUACGUCCGCAAGGCACUGGUGAAUGUGAAUUUCGAGCUAUUGGACACAGUGUACGACUUCGCUGGCUUUUGGGCUUUCUAUUGA